AACACUAGACAAUUGUUUCAACGAACUUUGGAACUCGUCAGUAGUGCACAUUCUUAACUCUGUACACUAAGGAACUUGGUGCAUUAUUUGGGGAGCAUUUCACAUCUUAACUAAUGAGGUAAAACUCAUUAGUCUACUGUUUCCAACCUCAAUUUCUCUGCGGAGUGGUAUUUGAAGGUAAAAUGAAAACUUGGGUGGAAACAGGAUUCGAACUAGCUGCCUCUGGGUUACUCACCAUGUGAUCUACCAACUCAGAUGCGAGACCCAGUAGCUGACUAGGUCUUAAUUCUACCCUUGUCUGCCUGUCUACCAUGUGAAUCCAUAUUGUGUAACUGUUUCUUAGUACUUACCACGCUGGUUGCCUAUUCAGGUCCUUUCUCUAAAUACAAAUCAAGCUGAGUUGAAGAGGGAAGGACGUCGGAUUAUCAGUGAAACUGUCUGAGAGAGCCAUGGCUGGACAGACUACCACUGCUGAUAUAAGGUGAUGAUUAGAGAUAAAAUGGAAACCAGGGUUACGACAAGAUUCAAACAAGCCAUGACACUGAUACGGUCCCUAAAUACUGAAGACACCUCAGGUUCACAACGUCUGCUCGUUCGAAGAAAUUCUGAGCCUCGUCUUCUAUUCAACACGAAUUUGAAUAGACCAACACCUCAGUCUGCUCUGUUCACAUCCCAACUUCACAGCAAUUUAACUGACUCCACAUACACACCGAAAUGCUUAUUUCAAGUACAAACACCACAACUUAAUGCCGAUCAUGAAUAUCAAAGCCUAGCUCCAGUUGUUGAUAAUCGGAUCAUGAUGGCGACGAUGACGACACGUUCUUCAAGAUGCUUAACGCCUUUCUUUGAAUGCCAACCUCAUUAUAUGCCUCAGCUUGUAGACACUGGUGGUGUGAAUCAGAUGAGAAAUAGCUACUGUGACUGGGUACCAGUCCAUAUGCAACAGCCGAAUUCUCCGACAAAUAUUAGUCAUCGGUCACUUGUUCAACUAGAGACAACAUUGAACAACAGUGAUAACAAUAACCAUCAACAGAUUCUACAGCCAAAAUCGCCCACACUCAUCUACGCGACUUCAGUUAAUCCCCAUAGACAUCCAAUACACUUUCGUGGUGAUUCACUACCGAUUUACCCAAACAAUCACUUACAGAACUCAUCAUAUCUAAAAGCGUUUCAUCGUAUACCUGAGGAACAGACUGAACAGAACCCCGGACGACUACAACAACAACAUCCAUUGUCCACUUAUCAAGAUAUCUCUUUGUUACAAGCCACUUUAAGGCGUCACAAUCACCAGUCAAUAAUCAUGACUACACAUUCGAACCCGAUGACAAUGACUCCUUAUCAGCACCCCCACCACCACCAACAACGCCAUAAUCGAUUGAUUUCUACAGCCAAUCGAAAUCAUCAGUAUAAAACACUACGCAGUUCACAACAUCAAACUACCCUGCUUACAACACCUAGAUUGAUGUAUUCGAAUAACUUGGACGCCUGUAAUAAGACAAAAAGUCACCUAUACACACCAAGGAAAGAUGAAUUCGAAUGUCAACAGUUACUAACAGACGAUAACCGACAUGGUGUUGUUAAGGUGAAUGAGUAUAUUACUGAUGAAAACAGCCAGAAGACAGUAUGUCAUUCACAUGAUUUCAAUCAAUCAAGACACAUGGGUGAUCAUACUACUAAAAAUAACAAUAAUAGUAGUAGUAUAAGUUCAGUCAAACCUUUAGGUCAUUUGAACAAAACAUUGGACUAUCAGAAAUUCUCCACUAAUUCACAUGAACACUCGACCAAUCAGAUGACGACACAUUUUAAUUACCAUAGUGAUGUCAUACACAUUGAUGAAGUGAAUGUUGAUAAUGAUGAUUGUGGAUGUAACACAGAAGCUGAAAAUGAUUCACGUCAGUUUAAAUGUGUAUCAUCAUCAUCAUCCUCUCUUCCUGUGCUUGUCAGCAUGAAUCAUAUUGGUAGGGAUUCGAACAAUGCUGAGAAAUUUACAAAUUCACAAAGAUGUUAUCCUCAGUCACCACCAACAAAUUUGUUAAUGUCAACACAAUCAGAUGCAUCCAAAUACACUUAUAAAACGCUUAGAGAGGCGAGUUUUGUUUAAAUGAUGAUGGUGAUAAUAAUAAUAACAAUAAGUAUUCAUCGUUCAACAGACACGAUUUUAAACACAUACAAACAAAUUGAAGAAGAAUACGUAUAUCCUGUUUUUAUUAUGUGGUAAAAGAUUUGAUUUUUUUUUCUUUCAAAAAUAUACUUUUACUUCGCAUAACUAAUACACAAUCUAAGAUUGAUUUCAUAUCUAUAAAAAAAAGCGCCAAUUAUUUAAAUUGUUGCACGGCCAAAAAUCAAUAAUGCCGCCAUUUUAAACGUGUAUUAAAUGUUCAAUGGUUAGAAAUAAAAUCAGUUCAAUGUAUUAAUUGUUCAUUUUGAUGUGUUAAGAUGUUUGUUAAAUUGUUCUAUGUUGAUUUUUUUUUGUCUAUAAAGCUGAAAGACAAAAAUAAGUAACAGGUGAAAUUCAGACGUUUAUGUGCAUGUGAUUAAUGAAAAAAAUGUUACUUUUGUUUAUAAGAUGAUGAAUGUGAUGAAUUUAUCAUUUUACCUUCUUGUUCAAUAAUAAAUGGAGUAUUGACAUA